GCCACAUGGGGCAGAAUCUUUCCACCCCUACACUCCAAAAACCCAAUCAGACAAGUGGCCGUAAUCUGACUCCCAGCUCACUGGGAGCUGAGGGGCAGGCAAUGAGCACUGCACUAAGCCAGGGAAGGCAUGAGUGACAGACCUGCAGCAAGGCCGUGGGGUAAGUGCGGGUCUUUGUGCAGAAGAGAAGAAAUCAUGGUGGCUUUCAAAGGGGUCUGGACGCAAGCUUUCUGGAAGGCAGUCACGGCAGAAUUUCUGGCCAUGCUUAUUUUUGUUCUGCUCAGCCUGGGAUCCACCAUCAACUGGGGUGGAAAGGAAAAUCCCUUGCCUGUUGAUAUGGUUCUCAUCUCCCUUUGCUUUGGACUGAGCAUUGCCACCAUGGUGCAAUGCUUUGGGCAUAUCAGCGGUGGCCACAUCAACCCCGCGGUCACAGUGGCCAUGGUCUGCACCCGCAAGAUCAGCAUCGCCAAGUCUGUCUUCUACAUCGCCGCACAGUGCCUGGGGGCCAUCAUUGGAGCAGGAAUUCUGUACUUGGUCACACCUCCCAGUGUGGUGGGAGGACUGGGAGUCACCACGGUUCAUGGAAAUCUCACUGCUGGCCAUGGUCUCCUGGUGGAGUUGAUAAUCACAUUUCAGUUGGUGUUUACUAUUUUUGCCAGCUGUGAUUCCAAACGCACUGAUGUCACUGGUUCAAUAGCUUUAGCAAUUGGAUUUUCUGUUGCAAUUGGACAUUUAUUUGCAAUCAAUUAUACUGGUGCCAGUAUGAAUCCAGCCCGAUCCUUUGGACCUGCUGUUAUCAUGGGAAAUUGGGAAAACCACUGGAUAUAUUGGGUUGGACCAAUAAUAGGAGCCGUUCUCGCUGGUGGUCUUUAUGAAUAUGUCUUCUGUCCAGAUGUCGAACUCAAGCGUCGUUUUAAGGAAGCCUUCAGCAAAGCUGCCCAGCAAACAAAAGGAAGCUACAUGGAAGUGGAAGACAACAGGAGCCAGGUAGAGACUGAAGACUUAAUUCUGAAGCCUGGACUGGUGCAUGUGAUUGACAUUGACCGUGGAGAUGAGAAGAAGGGGAAAGACCCAUCGGGAGAGAUCGCCCAAACACAGCAUUAACUUUUGAAACCUGUAAUUCUCUGAAAUAAAUGGAGGACAUGUAACUCAAGGAUCAAAAACUGUGGCCACUCACUUUUGCAAAUGACUACCAAUAGCCUGUGAGAAUAACUAUCAUAUAAAUGUCAUAUAACUUGUGCAGUGAACAUUAAGUCAAAGUUAUGACUACCCAUUCAUGUUGAAAAUCAAAGAGCUAAAAAAUAUAUCUAAUUUACAUAACCCAUUGGAAUGUAUUUCUAGAAUCUUUUCAAGAUUAAUAAGUAAGUCUGGAUUUGAUUAGGAUAUAUAAACAAGCAUUGGUCACAUUUAUGACCCAAACCACAAUAAAACUGUAAUUUAUAGUUAAGUAGGAAGAAUAUACUCAUGGUAUUGUCAUGUUCACAUUUACUUAUUAACCAAAAUGUUAUUCCAAUACUAAAGCUAACAUUAGCGUAAUUUAAACUGUAAUGCCUAAUACUUGGAAUCAUUCAUUCAAGUUUCAGCAUUGUAGUUGAUUUCCAAAACUAUGUUGCAUCUUAUACUACUAAGAUUGUGCAAAUAAACAUUCAAACAUUUUAAAAGGUAAA